AUGAUAAUCAAAGGAACGGACAAGAACCUUGGGCCUGUUAUCCUUUCAGGUGAUUGGUACAUAAGCGAAGUGGAGAAAUUUCUCACUGCCAGCCAAAACUACUGGAAAUUAGAAGUUGGUUGGGUAGAGAACCCUGGUCCCGCCUUAUUGUCUUACAACGAGGAUCACACGAUCAACGGAAGAUUCAAGUGGCUAGCCAAUACCAUCCAUGAAGUAAGGCGUGAUCUUACCGAUAUCAAACAAUGCCUUAUCGAUGUAGCUAUCAAGCAAGAAAAGGAAUACCUUGAGUGGUGGAACUUGCAAUUUGACAUCCCUCGAUUUCAUUCCGGUGCCGCUAAUGCAACACCAUGGAUCGUUCAAUCGGCCAAGGAUAUUGCGGUACUACUACGCAAGGCUAUUAUCCCUGACCGCCAGACCCGCCGUAAAAUGUUCGUUUGCAUAGGCGAUGUAGUUGCAAUAUACCCGAACAUCCCUGCAGAUGCAAACUCUAUCAUCGCUCUCAAAGGUUUAGCAAUGGAAGCUGCCUGCUCCCCUGAUAUCGUAAAUAUUUAUGCUGCGUACUACGAACAAAACGUUAAUUUUAACGUGCAAACAUUCGAGCAUGAUAAUCCAAUUAAAGUUUAUUGUCGCUAUAUCGACGAUCGUUUAGCUAUCAUCGAGGCUGACUCUGCGGAGCAUUGUUGGGCAAUUCUUGGUAAACAUAAUCUUGGAUCGGUACUCCGCACCGAAUGGUCUGUAAUUGGUGAAGGGGAGGGACCUAGUCCGUUCCUCGAUUUAGAAAUCGAUAUUCUUUCCAGUAGCACACUUGACUUUAAGCUUUACCGAAAAUCUUUGAACUAUUUUAUGCAUAUACCAUGGAAGAAAAAGUUAAGGUUGAGUCUCGUAGGAGCGCACGCUUGA